AAUCGAUCAUUAUCGUAACCUUCUAGUUAGCUCAGAGACUUGAAGAGCUUCUUCUGUGGAUAUAAUUAAUUACGAUUAUCUAAGAAUGAUCAUGCUCUAAGGAACCUACACCUAAAAAAAUAAAAAUAAAAAAAAAUCAUAAAUUGGCGUGAGAAAGAGGCCUAUUAUCAUCAACAGCCAAAGUGGCGGUAACUGGUAAGGUUAAUCUGUGUGCCUUGUUUGCUUCAUUCAAAGCCUCUUCUCUUUCAACUUCAAUUCCAUGGCCAUCUCCGUAACGCUUUGACUAGUACUAAAUUUCAGAUCUUUUCCUUUUGUUGUGACUCGUCUCCCCAGUUUUCGAGUUUUUGUUGAGUGUCAAACCCUAAUUUUGACUUCAGGGUGUGUAAUCCCAAAUCCGUAACUUUUCUCUCUCUGUCUCGCUAUUUGUUAAACCAAGCUUCUGGGUUUGUUGCACAGGUUCCAAUUGAGAGGUUUUUAGCUUCGAUCCUAGGUAAGAGUUCAAUCUUUUCUUUUCUCAGGUUUCAUAGCUCGAUUUCACUCAUAAAUUUCCGAGCUUUUGAUUCGCAUGAGGAUUUGAAUAGGCAAGGAAAGAUAAAGAUGUCAGUGGAGAGAUCUUUAGAAGCUUGGGAAGAGGUUCAACGACAUGGGCAAGAUUUAGCUGAUCGACUUGCUCAGGGAUUUACGGGUUUGAUUCAUAUAAACCCACCUUCGUUUCCAUGGCCGCCGAAUCAUCAUCAUUACAAGGCGAAACUAUUCGAUCUCGAGUUCCCUAGUCAACAUUUCAGUGUUAAUAGGGAUUCUAGGUUUAGUAUCAACCAACCCAUCAACGGUGUCUCAGCGAUUCUUGAUAUUGGUAAUAAGAUAGGUCAAGCUGGUGUUGAUUUUGGUGCGGGUUUGAAUGUGAUGGUCCAACAAUUCUUCAGGAGUUUGCCUAUUCCGUUCUUGCACGAGGAUAAUAACAAGCUUGUUGUCUCUGUGGAUGGUGAUAAGAGUACAAGGAGCCAUAGAGCUUAUGUGAUCACAAAAGGUGAUUUGGGAUUGGCUGCAGAACGGUUGAGGGACUCAGGGUUUUCUAAGACAGAUGAUACUGCUUCUGUUACCAUGUCUGAGGAGGAAGUUGCAGAUUCCUAUCUAAGAACUGCUGGAUUACUUGGAAGAUCAAAGGGAACAAUUGAUAUGUCAUCAAGUUAUGACAGUAGGACAAAUGGUAUGGAACAUUCAUUGGCAGCCAGAGGAGACCUCUGGAGGGUAGAAGCUUCACAUUCAAGUUCUACUGCAAGCGAUGGAAAUUCGUCUCUCUUUCUUCUUCAGCUUGGACCACUUCUCUUUCUACGCGAUUCAACGCUUCUUUUACCGUUACACUUAUCAAAACAACACUUGCUCUGGUAUGGAUAUGAUAGGAAGAAAGGUAUGCAUUCACUCUGCCCAGCUUUAUGGUCAAAGCAUCGAAGGUGGCUUAUGAUGUCAAUGCUCUCUCUCAAUCCUUUAGCUUGCUCAUUUAUGGAUUUGCAAUUUCCAAACGGGCAAUUGACAUAUGUAUCUGGCGAAGGACUGACGACAAGUGCUUUUGUGCCUUUUUGUGGCGGUCUUCUUCAAGCACAGGGUCAAUAUCCUGGCGACAUGAGAUUUAGUUACUCUUGUAAGAAUAAAUGUGGAACCCGAAUCACACCAAUGGUACAUUGGCCUGACAAAUCAUUUGCGUUGGAUCUUUCUCAACCCUUGGCUUGGCGUAGAGCCGGACUACUGAUGAAACCAACAAUUCAAGUCAGUGUAUGUCCCACAUUUGGUGGAAGCAAUCCGGGGUUGAAAGCAGAAGUUAUUCACUCGUUGAGCGAUGACUUGAAUCUGAUAUGUGGCUACGCACUCAAUGCACAUCCUUCAGCCUUUGCCUCUGUAUCUUUUGGACGGUCGAAAUGGAAUGGGAACAUCGGACGCACGGGAAUAGUUGUUAGAGCUGAUACUCCUCUUGCAAGUAUCGGCCAGCCUUCCUUCUCUGUCCAGCUUAAUAACGCUUUCGAGUUCUGAACCUUUCCAAUAUAAGAUAGAAAAAAAAAAAAGAAUGUGUCUAUGUACAUAUGUUUCAAAAGACUUAAGACUGCUUCUCUCGGUAACUUUUGUAUAUGGUAGUCUACUCAAUUAACCCUCAAGUCAGUGUCUGUAAGUCCGCCAAAUAUUUUCACCACGUUAAAAGAUUUACAGUUUCACAUUGCCUGAUUGUAACCUAUCGAAUAGAAAUGAUGUAUGUGUAUUACGUUA